UGUAUCACACCUCGGUAUGAAUGAGCGUUACAAUACGAAGCUACCUCCUCGCUUUAAAAAAUCACUGGAGUAUUACAUUUUACCCAUCGGCUGACAGCUAGAAAACCUCCCGCAGAUAAUUUGCCGAGUCGGAUCAAAACCAAUCAAAAGUCUUGUUACAAAUUUGAUUAUGAUAAUUACGAUCGCGGCCACAUUACAAAUGCUCUAUUGAUAAUCAUAUUUUCGACAUGCGCAUAAGGGUAUCUUAUUUGUAAAUCAGAAAAUUGCAACACAAGAAGUUUUGUCAUUCGCUUGCUUACUAUACCUAAGCAAUGUCACGUCGUAAGCAGCCCGUCCCUCGACACAUUGAAACGGAGGAUGAGCUUGCUACCAUCUUGCAAAACGGUGAAAAUAGUCAGUCACCAACUUCCUCACCAGGGGGCGAUGCACAUGUUUGUGGUAAGUGCCGCGAAGAGUUUCCUGAUUUAGCCACUUUCCUGGCCCACAAGAAAGCUUGCAGCCACAAAAGAGUGGUAGUAUUUUUUGAUGCCAACGAUAGUGAUAAUUCACAGAGUGACAAUCAUUUAGAACGAAGCAGCAAAAUUCCAAGAAUGAGCAAAAUGUCUGAUGUGACUGCUCGUGACGGUUCAGACGGAGAGACACACAUGGACCAAUCGGAGGAGGAAGAGGAAGAAGAACAAACCGAGGCUUUUGUGGACGAAAUGGAUGAAGAGGAUGGCAUUAUGGAGGACUCGUAUCUCAAUGGUGAAGUAUCAGAGGAGGAGGAUUUAGACGAUAUUGAUGAAAUAAAUGACAAAGAAAAUGACUAUGGGAAAAUAUCAUCAGAAAGUAAAGGUGACCUGUCUCUCCAGCUUCCUCAGUUCAUGUUGCCAUUUUCCUCAUUUUUACCCACAAAUCACAAUGUUACUCUGGAGCCAAUCACUGCCACCAAGGCGGCCGUGGCUCAGUUUGCGGAAAACAACUUGCCACCAUCAGACUUAGCCAUGCUACACACCACACUGUAUAGCCUACAGCAACAACAGCUUGUUCAGUUACAGCUGAUACAGCAGUUACAGCAACAGUUGUUGAUGGGCAUGUCCAGCUCCUCGCCACUGCCCAACGGUCAACUCUCUCUUCUCACACCACCUGUUUCCUCCGCAACAUAUCCUCUCAAAGAGUUGACCUCAUGUAUCCAAUCAGCGGGACUGCCUGCAAUCACCAGCGCAGAACAUAUCUCUACAGGAUCCUCAAAACCCUCGUCAUCGGAUUCAACAUCGAUGGUCUCAUCUUCAUCUACCACUACACCGUCGCUGUCCUCAAAGCCUAUUCCGUCAUCGCAACCACUCCCUAGCAAUGAUGCCGUAUCCAAGGCUGCUGUUGUCCCAGAAACCUCUGACUUUGCAAGGCUGUCAAUGUUGGUAGAGAGAUCCCAGUUUGUUAGUGAUGAUCCUUUCUUCCGUCACAAGUGUCGACUGUGUCAUAAAGUCUUUGGCAGUGACAGUGCCCUUCAAAUCCACAUACGUUCUCAUACAGGGGAACGGCCAUUCAAGUGUAACAUCUGUGGAAACCGGUUCUCCACCAGAGGUAACCUCAAGGUCCACUUUGAGCGACACAAGGCCAAGUAUCCACAUGUAAAAAUGAACCCGAAUCCUGUUCCUGAGCACCUGGACAAAACUCCGCCAAUACCACUGCUGGGAUCACCAUUCCAUAACAUCACUACUCCUCCUCCUCUGUCUCUGUCCUCCAGCAUGAUGAGCUCCUCACAUGCUCCGCUGCCACCACCGAUCACCUCCAUAGCUCCCGCACCGCUGCCACCAACAGCACACUCUCGGCCACGAUCUGAGAGCAAGUCUUCAGAGGACAGGAAGUCAUUGCCUAGUCCCAAGCAGUCGUCUACUUCUGCUGUUAGCACAACUCCCUCGUCUGUUGUAAGUGACCAUUCUAGUGGCAAGAAGUCUCCGGUGGAUGAUUCCUCGAAGGCAGUAUCGUCAGCAUCUGUGUCUGCAUUACUGCCACCUUCCUUACCGAUUAGCUCCAGUGAUUCUGGUCACAAUGAACUAAAGUCUGUUUCUAGUCCCUUCAUGCUGGCUCCACCCACAUCACAGAUGCCACCUAUCAUGUCACACCCGUUGUUGUCUCCCUUGUCCUCGAUGCAUCAUGCACUACCACCACCACCACCUCCACCUCUCAUGUCAGCUGUUCCAUUUGGCCAGCCUACUGGGCGGGACUCUAUCUUGCCUGCUAAGAUGAUCGACCAUGAUGAAAGCUUGGAGCAGUACAUGGAGAUCAACCGAUCUGAAACCUCAAAACUUCAACAACUGGUCGACAACUUGGAGAACAAAGUGUCUGAUCCAAACCAGUGUGUUAUAUGUCACCGAGUCCUCAGCUGCAAGAGUGCACUUCAAAUGCACUACCGCAUCCAUACUGGGGAACGGCCAUUCAAGUGCAAGAUAUGCGGCAGGGCCUUCACAACCAAGGGCAACCUCAAGACCCACAUGGGAGUCCAUCGCAUGAAACCACCACUUAGAAUGAUGCACCAGUGCCCUGUGUGCCAUAAGAGUUUCACCAACCUGUUGGUAUUGCAGCAGCACAUCCGGAGCCAUGCUGGCAUGCAGGGUCUGCACCCUAUGCCCCAUGUAGAACCAAUGCGCAUGUUCCAGGAUAUGCACCCACCAAUGCCCAGCUGGGCCCCAAGGCCAUUUGACCUGUCAAUUAAACCAGACCCUGAGAAGGAGCUUGACCUUAGUAAGGCCAAGGACUCCAGCUCUAGGUGUCUCCAGAAGGACCAUGAACAAGACAGUGGUGAUGAAGGCAACAGAGACGAUUAUAUGGACAAUGAUAGCUUUGAUGACAUGGACGAUUGUGACAUUGAGGAAGAUAUGGAAUUAGAGGAGGAUCGGGAGAGGAUGAAAAAGGAGUUAAUGGAUGAAGAUGGUGAAGAUGCUGUAAAUCACAAUUUAGCUUUGAACAUGAACACCAAACUUGAUAAGAAUGAGAAGAGCAAGAAAGAGAAUAUGAAAAGACCUGCCUCUGCAGCAUCGGAUGGAUCUCAGGAUCUAGAAAGGUCUUUGAGUCCAAAAUACAUUAGUCGGUCUCCACAGAUGGCACCAGACAUGCCCAUCUUUUCAUCGUUUGGUUCCACAAGCUCUGCACCAGUCUUCAACACCUCCCUUGCUGCUCUAGAAGAACGUGUACGAGCAAUCGAUGCAUCCAUGGCUCAAUCGCCUCUGCAUCAUUUCAGGCCCAUUUCACACAUGAAUGGGCUGCCGCUGUCCCUGCCUAAUGGUGACACCUCACCAACCUCUCCCAACAAUCAGUAUGAGUCCGGGUCGGAGGGCCACAGUGGUGAGGACGGCAGCAAACCAGGCACCCCAGCUCUGUCGGUCAACAGUGAUGGGGGAAGUUCUAUUGGGUCAGGCAGUGGCUUCAUGAUGGAUGCCAGUGACCAUCGCAGGACAAGUACAACAUGCAACAUUUGCAUGAAGACUUUUGCAUGUAGAAGUGCUUUGGAAAUUCACUACAGGAGCCAUACCAAGGAACGACCAUUUAAGUGCAAUGUAUGUGACCGUAGUUUCUCCACCAGGGGAAAUAUGAGGCAGCAUAUGCUAACACAUAAAAUCCGUGAUUUACCCAAAUCAUUCAAGGAAAAUGGUGAUAGCAAAAUGAGCGAGAACAAUAAUUCAUUGGACGCUCCCGAUAUGGAACAGGGCAAGUCUUCUCAGGAAUUCUCUAGUAACCGAUCUGAUUCCUCAAACACCUCAGGAUCCUCCAGCAAUCAGAUCACCUCAACAAGUCCCACUGCAACUACCACCAACACCACCAGUUCACGCGAUGGCGACCACUCGCCAUUCGUACGCGAGGCGCCUCUUAAACAUCAGUGUCAGGUCUGUCAGAAAGGCUUCUCAAGUGCAAGUGCACUACAGAUACAUAUCCGUACGCACACUGGUGACAAACCCUUCAAAUGUACUGUUUGUGGAAAGGCAUUCACCACCAAAGGUAAUUUAAAGGUACACAUGGGCACUCACAUGUGGAAUAACAGUCCCUCGCGACGCGGACGCAGGAUGUCAAUUGAGCCACCAUUUAUGAUGGCCCACAAAGACAACCCUUACCUAGCAGGGUUUCCACACCGAUCGCCAGACUUUUUCCCUUAUCAAUUCCCACCAUUUAUGGGAGUGACACCACCAAAAAUGAACGAAAUUUCUGUGAUCCAGAACUUGGCAGGAGGGUUAGGACACAUGCCUCCCAUGUCUCUCUCACAAGAGAUGACAUCCCCUCGCAGUAGUGGUAGCAUUUCUAAAGCCACAGACUCUUUCAGUAACGCGAAAUCUGACUGGAAAGUGAAAAGUUCCUCAGAAGGUCGUAACACAGACUCUCGUAGUAGUGCGUCAAGUUCAGGUGAGCUUGACCUGAGCAUGAAGUCUUCACGGUCGUCUCCCUCCCCACCAAACACUUCCUCACUACCUGACAAGGUCUCCUCCUGGUCCUCAAAGGGUUAUCACUCCUCACCAAGUCCCAUCGACCACCACACUCAACCCUUCCACCUGAAGGGCGAGUCUGCCCAUAAGGGGGUUGUAGCCUGAGGUUGCCAUAACUAUUAUAUAUUGUGAGAUGUUUUGUGAACUCUACAUACUCUCCUCCUGGUCUUCAGUGUGGCUUUGUCGAUAUAAGAACAGUUUACCUUUCUGUGACCAAUAUUGCAUGCUGUUCAAUAUGUACAAAUAUGUGUACAUAAAUAUGUGAGGAGAGAGGUGGAUCGUAACAAUUUAGCCUGUUGUUGAUGUAAUUAUAGGCCUGGAUGUUUAUCUCACGCGACAUUCCACAAAAUGUUGCAAGAACAAUAUUGUCACUGUUGGUAUGUUGUUUUUUAGCGAAAGACAUUUGUUGUGAAUUUUUCAAGAAAUUGAAAUAUGAUGUUUAUUGAAGUUUAUGAGUCUGUGAAUGUAUCACUAUUGAUUCAAGGUAUACGUAAGGGCAGAUGACAUAUAUAUGGUGUAUUAUAUAUUUUAAAAAAUCCGCCUCAAUGUGAAGUUGUAAUACCGGAUACAUGUAGAAUCUCCCUCAUAAUAACGGUUGUGAUAACUCAUUGUGUAUUUACUCUGAGCUCUGUUGUCAUGGUAACAUUGUGUUGUCUUGGAAACAGGGUGUGUUGCCAUGGUAACAUAGUUAUCAUGGAGAUGUCACAGUAUUUUGUGCACACCAGGUUUUGUUUUUAUUAAGGUACGCAUGAUGAAAUGUAUUGUGUAGUUAUAUAAAUAUGUUAUAAAUGUAUAGGUACAUUUUUGUAUAAAGUGAAUGUUUAUGGAAUGAGAUCUGUAGACAUUCACCCUUUAAACUUACAUGAUGUGCACCUUGAUGGUUUGAAUGAUUAUAAAGGAACUUCCUGGUAGUCUUAAGUGUUUUUAAGUGUACUUUUACGUAGAAAAUAAAUGAUAUCUAGUCGAUACAUUGUUGCUAAUCAAACAAUUUUAUAUUUGCAUAUCAUAAUAAUUGAUCUACCCUGCCUUGCCCUUUAACCAAGCUCACCUUGGAUCUGUGGUCAAGAUCCAAACUAGUUUUAAAAAAACAUGGCCCAUUUUGAUACAAUAGCUGUUAGACCCACUGCCUUCCAUUGAGCAGUUCAUUGUAACUUGAGUUUUAGCAUUGUCAACCUUUGCGAUUUAUUUUGCAAUUUGUUUCCAAAAUCUUGCCAGUCAGAUACAUCUACAGCGAAAAAAGAAUAGAAUUUUUUAUUUUAAUAUUACUGAAUGCAGAUAUGUCGUUUGAUAAGUAGACAAUUACCUUAUCCAUCAGUAUUCUUUCACAAGUUAUAUACAUGUAUCAUUAUUUAAAAUCAAUAUCUAAUAUACCGUCACUUUUUUCUGCCACCUUUCCCCACUGUCCAGUGUAAACUUCCUCUAUCACAUAACAGUAUAUGGUAUUAUCUUACUUUCUAGUCCCCUCCUAUCCCUCCCCCAUUAGUCAUAUACUUAUAGUUUGAACAUAGUUAACAACUAUGCAAACCUGUCUUGACACCAAAGAUUCUGUUAUUUAAGCUGUAUAUAGCCCCUAUGUACAUGCAUAGCAAUAUUUCUGCUACUGUAAAUUAAUUAUUUUGUACAUUUAUUUGCACAUCACAUCAUUACAUUACAGCUUGUUGGUUUUCAGUUGCUAUAUAUAUAUUUACAGCUCUUCUCCUGCUAAAGGAUUUUUUUUUCAAAUGUUUACAAACUUUUGUUUGUUUUUUGUUUUUUUUUUUUUUUUUACAGAAACGCAGAUGGUGCUUCUUAAUGUAAGAAACAAAAACUGUUCAAAUACAUUUUCAUUUUCAUAUUUUUUAAAAAUCAUUUCAUCUCGAUAUAAAGACACUGGUUCUAUUGUCUUUAUGCUGAAUCCUACAGACAAUUCUGAGAAUAUUUCUGACACUUUUAAUUUAAAGUCUUUGUUACUGAUAAUAAUAAUACAGUUGGAGCAUGGCUAGACUGGAGUUGUAGAAAAUUUACUUGGUCUUCCACUCUGAGAGUUAUAGAAUACCGGUUCCAUGCCAUGUAGUAGUUUUUUUAUCCGCUGAAUUCCAAAGCAAACUUUUCCGGUGAUUAAUAUUCAUUCUUGCUUAAAAAGCAAAAUAAUUUUUUUGCUAUAAUAACAUUUAAUUUGUGAAAGACAGAAUAUCACCUUGUUCAGGGUAUAACUAUGUGAACCAUGAUAUGUUUCCUGGUUCAUUGAAAGAAUAGUGUAAACAAAUUAUUUUGUCAGUUAAAUGAAAUCCAUUGAUAUUGCACAUGUCUCAAGAGCUUCCAUCAUAAUUCAGAUGCAAAAUUUAAAGCCAUGUUAGUAGGUAAAUGUACCUAAUUAUUGUUUGUUUUUAAGUUACUUUAUUUUUAUCCUUCACAGUCUUCGCUAUCAAUCAUCGAAAUCCAUAUUAUUUUUCCCUGUGUUCAACUUUCCUGUAAAUGUGCUAUUCUACCCUGAAUGUGACCAAUUCCAACACAAGUCAGAUGAAAAUUUGUGAUUUAUUUUACCUUUGUCUUUACACUCUCUAUGAACUCACUUCACUCUCUAGGAAAUCUUUACACUUGAUGUGCUUCUAUUGUGAAACCAUUUGUUGUUCAUAUAUUGGGGAGUUUUUAGAGAUUAAUGUAAUAAAAUGUAAUGUUAUUCUAAAUAUAUUAUUAGCUCUCACAUGUAUUUAUCAAAUUGUGUGAAUAAUUCGGGAGAUCAAUAUGAAGAAAAACAAUAAAAUAGAUAUAUCCAUAUCAUAUAUAUGUUAAUGAUUUUUAUAUUUGAUUUUGUUAUUGGUGAAAAUACAAAAAAAUUGGAAGAGGAAAAUAUUGAAAUUUUUGUCGCAAAAUAAAUUUAAAUUGUUAAUGACUUGUUUAAACUCACUGUUCCCAUUACUUUUUAGUGAACUUUAACCUCGACCCAUGUAUUUUGACCUUGACCCAAAUGUUUUCACAUAGUUUACUGACUCAGGUCAUCUCUCAUUAUUAAAGAACGCCUAUGUGGUUUUAUUCUAAUCAUGUCUUAUUACACUGCCUGUAACAGUACGUUAGGGGAGGGCUGGGGACCCUUAAUGUAUAAAAGGGGAGGGCUGGGGACCCUUAAUAUAUAAAAGGGGAGGGCUGGGGACCCUUAAUAUAUAAACAGGGAGGGCUGGGGACCCUUAAUAUAUAAACAGGGAGGGCUGGGGACCCUUAAUAUAUAAAAGGGAGGGCUGGGGACCCUUAAUAUAUAAACAGGGAGGGCUGGGGACCCUUAAUAUAUAAAAGGGGAGGGCUGGGGACCCUUAAUAUAUAAACAGGGAGGGCUGGGGACCCUUAAUAUAGGGAAGGGGUGUUUGGCUAGCUUUCUGAAUAUGCUGUUCUUGUGUUCAUAUAGGAAGUUAACAGAUACAAGGUUUGAUCAUGUGCAAUGAGUAUUUAUUUACUUUAAUGCGCUAUAUAUAUUUUUGAUUUAGGUGAUAUUGUGACCACUCCUGAUCUUUGACCUUAGGAUGUGACUGACCUCACCUGACCUUUGACCUUUAGAUAUUUAAUAAGGAAUUGUGUGGCUGGACAAGUUGUAAUGGUAGACAGUCUGUACAAUGUAGUUUAUUACUUAGGUUUUUAUUUUGUCAUACAGACAAAUAAAAAGGCCAAAGCAACUGUA